AGCCUCUUCACAGGAUAGCUAAUCCUCACCAAGAACACUCACUCUCUCACCCUUUGUUUUCUCUUUCUGAGCAUGCCAUUACUCUCUCUCUCUCUCUCUCUCUCUAUUUAUGCAGUCUCUGGGUUUAUCACGGCGUCGAUUGGGACUCUCUGCAAAACAAUUAAGAGAUUAUUCGCUCAAAUUUGACUGUUAGGGCAUGAAAAUACUUUCAGACCAUAAUCUUCUUUGCCGUUGUUGAUCGACUGAAAGAUGGAGCAGGCAAGGUUGAAUUUGACUCGUUGCUCUGGUUCAACCCCAUCAGAGGAAUCGGCCUUGGAUAUUGAACGAAACUGUUGCAGUCACACUAAUCUGCCUUCACUUAGCCCACCGGCACUACAACCUUAUACAUCUGCUGGACAACAUUCUGAGAGCAAUGCUGCUUACUUUUCAUGGCCUACUUCCAGUCGAUUAAAUGAUGCUGCCGAAGAGAGGGCAAACUAUUUUGCCAACCUACAGAAAGGGGUGCUACCUGAAACUCUUAAUCGGUUACCAAAAGGGCAGCAAGCAACCACCUUGCUUGAGCUCAUGACCAUUAGGGCAUUUCAUAGCAAAAUCUUGAGAUGUUACAGUCUUGGCACAGCAAUUGGGUUUCGUAUCCGACGGGGUGUUUUGACAGAUAUUCCAGCGAUUUUAGUUUUUGUUUCCCGGAAAGUUCACAAGCAAUGGCUCAGCCCCAUCCAGUGUCUACCUACUGCUCUAGAGGGACCGGGAGGUGUAUGGUGCGAUGUGGAUGUGGUGGAGUUCUCAUACUUUGGCGCACCUGAGCCAGCUCCCAAGGAGCAAUUGUACACGGAGAUAGUGGAUGACCUCCGUGGGAGUGACCCCUGCAUUAGUUCAGGGUCUCAGGUAGCAAAUCAGGAGACCUAUGGGACUUUGGGUGCUAUUGUGAGGAGCCAAACAGGCAAUCGACAAGUUGGUUUCCUCACAAACCGGCAUGUUGCAGUGGACUUGGAUUACCCCAAUCAGAAAAUGUUCCAUCCAUUGCCACCCACACUUGGACCUGGUAUAUAUCUUGGUGCAGUGGAGAGGGCUACUUCAUUCAUCACAGAUGAGCUUUGGUAUGGCAUAUUUGCUGGCAUAAAUCCAGAGACAUUUGUCAGAGCAGAUGGGGCAUUCAUCCCUUUCGCUGAUGAUUUUGACAUGUCCACUGUAACUACAUCAGUGAAAGGUGUAGGAGAGAUUGGAGAUGUGAAAAUUAUAGAUUUGCAGUCUCCCAUCAAUACCCUUAUUGGAAAGCAAGUGAUGAAGGUUGGAAGAAGCUCUGGCCUGACAACUGGAACGGUUUUGGCUUAUGCCCUCGAGUACAAUGACGAGAAAGGGAUAUGUUUUUUGACUGAUUUUCUCGUCGUGGGUGAGAACCAACAGACAUUCGAUCUAGAAGGAGACAGUGGAAGCCUAAUCAUACAAAAGGGUGGGAAUGGGGAGAAGCCUAGGCCAAUUGGGAUCAUAUGGGGUGGAACUGCUAACAGGGGCCGACUUAAGUUGAAAGUUGGUCAACCUCCGGAAAAUUGGACGAGUGGGGUUGAUCUUGGGCGCCUGCUCAUUCUUCUUGAGCUUGAUAUCAUCACAAGUAACGAGGCACUAAAAGUAGCAGUGCGAGAACAGAGAGCUGCUUCUGCAACAGCGGUUGGCUCGACAGUUGAUGAUUCUUCACCUCCCGACAUAGUUCUCCCAAAGGACAAAGUCGAACCUCUUGGUCUUCACAUCCAGCAUAUCCCUCUGGAAGAUGGAGCGGUUGGCCCAGACAUGAAUUCAUCACCAACUGAAACCGAGUUUCCUUCAGAAGACAAGGUCAAGAUGGGUCCAAGUGUUGAACACCAGUUCAUUCCGAGCUUCAAUGGCUGGUCUCCGCUGCACCAAAACAACAAACAGGACAGGGCCACAUCUGAGAAUCUCUCCGCGUUGAGAGCUGCCCCCGAUGAGGGUAUUGUUGUUUCGCUGCAGUUGGGUGACAAUGAGCCCCCCAAGAGAAGGCGCUCAGAUCCCCUGACAGGUACAUGAAAGGGAAAAUGAGUUUUAGCUUGGAGUGGUAAAUCUGAGGGUCCGUUUGGAUAGUUGUGAAAAUCUUUUGAGUUCAUAGCACAACGGUUCAGCUUAUUGUAUGGAUGGCAUGCUGUGUUGUUGUGACUUUCUUACUAUUGACUGAUACAAAUGUACCAGGAGUGUUGCCUGUUUAAGUUGUUGCAGUGAAUUAACAGUUGGACUGUAAAUUAUUUUAGCAAUUUAAUUCAGUCCAACCAAACCAUGUUGUCCUUUUGAGAUUUAUAUGUGCUGAAUGCAUACUAAUACGCAGUGUGAUCUAUUUCAAC